AUGGCCUCAACACGUACAUCAUCUAGGCGCUCUUUAAGCACAGACUCACGAAUGCUUAUAGGAAUCGUUGCUGAUUUGGAAACGGUAAUUGGGUUUCUACUAGCAGGCAUUGGAGAGGCAUCUGGUUCACAUCAAUUAGAAAAAAAUUUCAUGGUUGUUACGCAUUACACGCCGAUAGAAGAUAUUGAAAUAUUUUUUGCAAGUUUAUGCACUCGAAAAAAUAUAGGAGUUAUUUUCGUGGCAAGUGAUUUAAAAAUGAUUCUGAUCCAAGCUAUAUCCCGGGCGGCCAAAACAAUGCCAAUUAUUUUGGAAAUUCCUACAAAAAACACAAUUGUGAAAUCUAUUGAGCUUAAGAAACAAAAUUUAAAAAGAAUGGAAACAGAAAGUGAAAUUCAGACCCAAUAUUUCCACACAUUUCGUGAAAAUACGAUAAAAAAUUAG